AUGCAAACAUGGAGAACUAAACUAAGUGUGGAUACGAACAAAGGGAACUAUACAACGGAAGAAAUCAGGAUCCAAAGAGGAAUAUUCCAAGGGGACAAAUUGAGCACCUUAUGGUUCUGCCUCUCUAUAAAUCUCCUAAGUAAGCUGCUGAACCAAUCCAAAUAUGGCUACGUAAUAGAGAGAAGAAACAACACCAAAAUCAACCACCAACUAUACAUCGACGAUCUCAAACUGUAUGCUGCCAACGAAGAUCAACUGACAAGAGAACUGAAAAUAGUGGCAUCCUUCACUGACGCCAUUAAAAUGGAAAUGGGACUGGAUAAGUGCGCUAUGGUACACAUGAGGAGAGGAAAGAUACGAGAAGGAGAAGCGCUAGAAAUACAGGAGCAACUAACAAUCCGAACAUUGGGCCCAGAGGAAACUUACAAAUACCUGGGUAUCCAACAGGGCUUAGAAAUAAAUACUAACGAGGCCAAGACUACCUUCAAGCACAAAUUCUUUGACAGACUGAAGAAAAUAUUACAAAGCAAGCUCAACUCCAAAGCAAUGUUCACAUCCAUCAGCACUUGGGUAGUGCCAUGCUUAGCAUACUCCUUUGGAAUAAUAAAGUGGUCAACCACCGACCUAAGAGCCAUUGACAUCCAAGUAAGGAAGCUUUUAACUAAGUAUGGAAUACACCAUCCAAACGCCUCCAGCAACAGGCUCUAUAUAUCUAGAAAAGAUGGAGGAAGAGGACUACCGAACAUUGAAAUGGCUCAUUAUAACACUGUGAAGGAAAUGAAGAAAUAUUUUAAAUCGAAAAACUCACCUCUCCUUAAAGCACUAUCAGCAGAAGAUGACAAUAUAACAGCACUCAACCUGUCAUCUAACAGUUAUCCUAGUGAACCAUCCAACAUCCAAGAGUUAUCCGACAUAUGGCAUGGCAAAGCACUUCAUGGCAGAUUCCCAACAGCACUGAAACAUAAGAAAGUCGACAAAGAGAAAUCGCUCACGUACCUAAGGGCUGGUUACCUUUUCCCAGAAACUGAAGGCAGAUUAACAGCAAUUGAGGAUCAGGUUGUACCCACCAGAGCGUAUCAGAAAAACAUAAUCGGGAAAAAGUUAACCACAGAUAAGUGUCGCAAAUGCUCGCUAUCACCUGAGACUAUACAGCAUGUAACGUCGUCCUGCCCCAUCCUCGCGCCCAAAGAGUACACAGACCGCCACAACGCUAUGGCGAAGGCAUACCAUCAAGCUAUUGCCAAAAAGUAUGGAUUAGUCAAAUCAACUCUACCAGUUUAUAAGUACUUACCUAAGGAAAUACUGGAGAAUGAACAGGUGAAACUCUACUGGGACCACCCACUUGUAACGGACAGAUCAAUCCCUCAUAAUCGUCCAGACAUCGUACUUUUCGAAAAGACACAGAGGAAAGUGACGAUUGCAGACAUAACAGUACCAGCUGACGACAACAUCGAGAAGGCAUAUACGGAGAAGAUAGUGAAAUACCAUGACCUUGCCUUCGAACUGAAGGAAAUUAAUAGACUUACCUGUACCACAAUUCUUCCACUGAUUAUCACCACCAAUGGCCUGGUUGAAACACAUCUGCUGGAGAACACUAAAAAGCUCGGCCUCGAAGAACAUGUGAUUGAUGACGCACAGAAGGAAGUGAUCCUAUGGACUACACGCAUCGUACGUAGGUUCCUGACGAGCAAUUGA